GCCAAUGUUGCUACUGCACUCGUGCUGGCUUUGUUGUUCCUUCGAAGGUCACGCUUCUUCAACAACUGCAACGUCCGAACAAUAGGACUUGCAAGAUCAACUUAUGGGGAUAAUUAUUAUGAACCUCAUGGAGAUAACAAUGACUAUGACCAAUAUGGGCCUAUGUACGACGAUCAACCUGAUCCACUCGUCGAAGAAAUCAUAAGAUUAGAACAGAAAAUUUUCUAUUUCGACGAGGUCUUAUUUGCUGAAGGCUCCUGGUACGAACCACCCUACUGCCGUGACUACACUUUGUUUGCUGAAGAACAAAUUGAAGCAAACAAGGUGGCAAUUCGAGAAAGAGCAAAACUUCUUGAAUCAGUCCGGAAGGAAAAGGAGUUCGAACGGAGAUUAUGCGAAGGAUCAGAAUUGAUGCAGAAAAUGCCCGACGACUUCCAAAGAGAGAGAUUAGAAGCCGAAGCUAAAGCUGAUAAAUUAGUCAAUGAUCUCUGUAAGGCUAUUGAGCUUAAACGCUCCUUCCAAUCUCAAGAUCCACAAUUGGAGGUGCCAGUUCUAGAAGAUUCACCAAGAUCCACAAUUGGAGCUAAAGCUGAUAAAUUAGUCAAUGGUCCCGAGUGUCGUGUCUCUCAAGGAGUCGACGAAAGGAAUUAGUUUAAUUACUCUAACUAGGCGAAGAUUAGGAUUGGUUUAUGAAAGUCUUCUCAGAACGAUUAUAAAAGGAGCAGAGUAAAAAUAAUAAAUUAAGUUUACAUAGUAUAAGUAUAGAUCUGGACCUAGGGUUAGGACAUCAUUUGGAUCUAUUUUAUCAUAUUAAAUUAACAAUUGGAAUAAUAAUAUUUCUAUUACUACUCAUCCAUUUCUAGAUUUGUACUUAAUCCGUUGCUCUUGGAUAUCGUAGCCUUUUGGCAUACAAUAUUUUCUCAAUAAAUAGCUAAUUAAAUC